ACCAAUGGAAACUUUAUGGGGUAGGAGCUUUGCACAUGCGCGUAGCAGUCCUUGGUGCCAGCGGCGAUUGGCUCUACACAGCAUAUAACUGUGUCUUUUAAUUCGGUGCCACACUAGUCAAACGAAGCCAAUUCGCGUGGAUAUGGAAGGUUAGGUUGGGCCACUUCCUCCAGGGAAGAGAUUAGAGACGACUCCUCGAGUAGAGGAGAGAGAGCUGGGUCUUGAGAAGAGGUAAGAGUAAGAGUGUGGAGAAGGUUCAGGGACUAGAAGACAACUCUUGAAGCUCUCAAUGUUAGUGAGCGAGUGAAUGACUCCAACGAGCGACCAGACUAAGCAACAACAUCGAGACCAACAGGUGAAUCCUAACCCACCAUAGAGACAACAGCUGUGGUAGCAACAGAAGAUUCGUGGAAUCAGAACACAUUGAACGGAACGAGAAACGGAAGACUGGCGUCUUUAUACACUCAGAUGUGCCUGGUAGGGUCGGGCGCACCUUGGUACAAGCUCCAGCAGCACCCACAGCAAAAGAAGCAGUCAGCUUAGAUAUGGCUGGAUGGCGAGGGGUAAACGUGGCUACCAUUACAGAAGAAGACGUCAUAGGGGAAGAGAUUGGUGAGGAUGGCAUGGUGGGGUUGGUGGCCACGGAUCUGGAGAAGACAGAACUGAAGGACAGUGGUGAUGACCCACCAGCAGAGAGCGACACCCCAGGCGAGGCUGAUGGACACACUGCUCGUCCAGUGUCGUUUGAGCGUCCCAGCAGCUUGGUGGAGAACGAGGAUGUGGACGUCUCGAGCAACAACUCCAUCCUGAGCGCCAUCACCUUCGAGAGCGACAGUAAUACCUUUCCAGGGACCUCCGGGAAAUCCAGGACCUCGUCCGCAUCCUCGAGUUGGUCCUCGUCCCCUACGCCUCCACCUGCGUCUCCUGUCAAGAGAGCCUUCACCAGGAGAAGCAGUCGGGCUUCGGGAUUCACGUUGAAUCUCUCCGACAAGUUCGUGACGGAGCUGACGAUGUACGACCCUUGUGUGGGCGCCGUUCAGGGCUCCAGCAUCUCUCUGGGCAUCUUUUUGGCCACCGACCAGGUGAUGGGAGAUCACUUUGUUUACAAGGUGUCUCCAGUCUCCCCCCUCGCUGUCCUCAAGAUGAAGCCUCAGGACAGACUAAUAAAACUCAAUGACUUGAGCCUUGAAGGCUGGUCCCAUCGGAGCGUCCUGGCCUUCGUCAGGAACCUUCCCCUUGCCUGCGUCUCCGGCCAGGUCACCCCCGACACCGUAGUGGACUUCCGACUGUGUCUGGAAUUACGAAGAACCGGCAAGAAUGUCAGAUCACCUGACGAAGCCCCAGUCAACAAGAAGCUCGAUGUUAGCAUCAGGAUUAAGAAAAAACGAGCGUCUGUAAUGUGGGUACAGGAGCGGGAGGCGCAAGUACAGUAUCGUGGAAGCAUCACUAGGAAGCUGCGACUAAGAGGAGAUUUACCUCUGUAUCUCACCACCACCUCGCACCCCAACACUGCUGUCACCAGCCUCAGUGUAGGCUCCCAGGAGGGUGCUGAUAGCCCAGCUUGCUUCCUUAUGCACACGUUCGACAUGGCACCGUUCCCAGCAGAGGGAGGAGAGGUGGUAGUGAUCGAGACUCCUGGCAGUAAGGGCCAUCUCCACGCCCUCACGUACACCGAUUUGGCUCUUAUGCACGACCCGGCGUCGGAUGUGAGGAGUCUGACGCAGGCCGACGUACGGUUUUUUCUCCUCCAUAGCGUUAAAGGUAGCAGCCACUUCAGGAUAAAGCAUCUUCAUACAGGACGCUUCGUGUCGGCCACUCCGGAGAAGAUCUCGCUGGUGGAGAGGCCAGACGAUGCUGAUCUCUCAGAAACCACGUUAUUUGAGGUCUUUGACUGCCAGACUUAAAUCCGGCGGUCGACACCAACCAGCCCUAAGCCAAUCGGUUGUCACCAAUCAGCCCUGAACCUGUUGGCCGUCUCCUUGCCAGACCUAACACAGCAGCCUGUGGCCAGCGUCAAUGCAGUCUUGACUACAAUGAGGCCCCGGGUCGUCUGAGGUGGCCACCAUUUUGACCAAAACAUGAAGUUGCUAGCAGCCUUAUACGAGUGACUUUGUGCUCCAUAACUCUGUCAUCAAAUGGCUUUUGAAUUGUCAUCCUUAAUACUAUAAUGGUGAAAGUCGAGCUAUAAUUGAUAUAUGAUGGACCAAGGAUACGAGCACAACUCUCUCUCUCUCUUUAUAUAUAUAUAUAUAUAUAUAUAUAUAUAUAUAUAUAUA